AUGGCGCCAAAUAACGACGACGUUGUCCUCGACACGUACAAGGAGCAGGAUCUUAUAAUAUCACAAAGUGAGACGUCGGGGGAGCAGGCUGUAAACUUUCUGAAUACGCUUGUGGGUCGUGAGUCUCGCCCUGUAGAUGUGAUCAAGCCUGCAGGUGGGAUCAAGCUUGGAGAUGUUAAAGAUCCUGCAGAUGCACCUCACCCUAAUAAAACCUCCAAAACACUCGGUCUACAGAAGAGACAUUUGGACAUAGAUAACUUUAUACGUUGGAUGGAGGAUGUGCACAAGUAUGAGUUGGAGUAUGAUGAGUUCCGCGUACCCGAAUCAUCAGUAACGGUGCAGAAACCGAAGGAGCUGAUGGAACUGCUGCUAUUGCUGCGAACGAGAUUGGAAUAUGAAGGUGCAGAGUCUACGACCCGCUGGCUGCCCGAUUCACUAGUUGAGUUACUACAAAACUCCUAA